AUGAAGUCAACUCUUGCCUCAGCGGUCCUCUUCUUCGGCCUCGCCCUCGCCCAAUACGGCGGCCAAAUCAAAGUCAAAGACGACGGAUGCCCCCAGUUCACAGCCGGCGAGAAGUCACAGACCCUAAGCUGGACCAAGGGCAACAACAUCUGCGCCGACCUCUCCAAUAUCUGCCCCGACGGCAAAUGCUUCAUGGCUUUCCAGGCACUUGUCACCGGCACUGACAGCCGCACACCCGCCAAGAUGGGAGCUUGUCCGUCGGAUGACUGCUCCAGAGACUGCCAGACUUGGGAUGUUGAAUCACAGAGCAACAGCAUCUCUGUUGACUGUGCUGAGUUUACUGGCCAGCACUACUUUUAUUUGGGUGAUUAA